ACCAAGGAGGGUUUGAAUAAUCCUGGUAACAGCUGGGUUUCAUUGCUGCCUGUGCUUUUGGUAACCCAAACAUCUGCUGGGGGGUCUGAGCACAACUGGGUGAAGCAGUGGCAGUGCUGGGAGGACAGAAGGAGCUGUGAGCAGUCCCGGUGGGCUGGGGCACUUGGUUUUGGGUCAGGUAGUGCCAGUGAGGCCUCCCUGACAUCUUCCUUCAGCCAUGGGGUGUUUGCUGGUUAGUCCUGGGGGUGUGUGUGUGUGAGCAGGAUUUUGUGGAUAGAGACAAAGGUGGCCCCUGAAGUGGGCUUUGAGGGUUUGGUAUGCCAGGAUUUGGGGGUUUGUUCCAUGAUUUGAGAGGCUGUCUUGUUUGCCAGAAGGUUUGUUUGAGGGCUUUGCCAGGUUUGGAGGGGUUGCUUUGCCGCAGUUUCAGUAUUUUCCUGCCUUUGGGCCUAGGCCCUGCCAAAGCCUUCCCUGCUGUAGCGGGCCAGGAGAGCAGGGAAUGGUGUGACCGUUACGGGCCCCCUGAGAGGACUGGAGGCACAGGUGCCCUGCCCUGCCCUUCCUGCAAGUCAGUUCCUUUCUCUUGGGCAUCAGGUGGGGCCAGAGCCCAUCCCAGCCUGUCCCACAUGUGGCAGCAGCCGCGGGCUGUGGGGAGGCCUCUGAGAUGGCGGCAGCAGCUUGGGCAGGGCCCCAUCUGUCUGGUCCUCACCAUGGUGCUGAUCACGCAGCUGGAGCGCUCGGACGCUGUGGGCUGUGAGAUGGGCGAGUACCGCAAUGGCUCCGAAUGCUGCCCCACGUGUGCUGUGGGGGCCAACCCGGUGACAGCAGCAGCGUGUACCUACACGAAGAGUGCAGCAUGUGGCUGUCGGCCAGGGCACUUCUGCAGCUCCCCUGGGCCUGAAGUCUGUGCAGUGUGCCAGCCCUACACUGUCUGUGUGCCUGGCACUAUGGUCAAAGAAUGGGGUACAGCCACCAAGGACCACGUGUGUGAAGUCUGUCCUCCUGGCACCUUCUCUUCAGCCAACAUGUCUGUGGCCUGCACACAAUGGCCCAGACGUAAGAAGCAGGACCUACUCAUAUUCACAGCAAUCCUUGUCUGUGUUAUGGUGCUGUUGACUGCUGCAGCUGCCUUCAUGGAAACCUGUCAACGGCUUCGAAGGAAAAUGAGAAGUCGUGUGCCAUCUUUAACAGCGUGGUCAGGCUUUGAGGUCCAUGGAGGAGAAAGGGGCUCAAACAACUGUUCCUGUGCAAGAAGUUGGUGCUGACCCUGAAGAAACCAAGCCUGAAAGGGAGAGUCUUGUUUCAGCCAUAGCAGACAACGGGGAUGGUUAAAAACAACCAAGCACAAACUCUUUUUUCCUAAAACUUUGUGAAGGGAAAGUCAGUUUAGAAAUUCUUUCAUGUCUGCUGAGAACUGGUUUUCCUUUUGGUGGUCAAAUAAGAGACAAGUCAAGAAGAGAGUUCUGACAUUUCCUUCUGAAAACUCCAGGAGCACCCAGCAAAUCCACCACUGGUUUUGUGUUUGCUGGUUUGUGGCUGGUCUGACUGUGUCAUAAUGAUCAGUAAAGAGAGGAACUGCGAAAGUACAAAUCUUUUUUCCUGACCUUUUUUCUCUUUGGUAAGUUCUUUAGUAGCUGGUUAAUGUUUCAUUAACUUUGGAUAUUUUCCAACAUUUCCAACUGUAGAAACUGGUAAUUGUUAACUCCUUCUUGUGUCUCUGCAACACCUGUACAUGAAGGGUCCAUUGUAAAUAAAAAAGCUUUUUGAGCAAACUUUCAAGAUAAAACCACAUCCCCAAGUGGAGAAAGUUUAGAGAACAAUGACAGGGCACCUUCAGCCAUUUCUGUACUACAACCAAUCUUCUGCUAAGUUGUGUUUUAGGGGUUUUUUUAUUGUCUAAUGACUUAUCUUGUUGCUGAAGGCCCUCUUUGUCAUCCUGCUGCUGCACCUGCACCUCUGUGACCUGUGGCUUUUACAGACUGUGUCAUUUUUGAAUUGUUAAUAAAGUGAUAAUAAAUUUA